AUGCGCUUCCAUUCACGAUGGCAGGUGAGAUGGCUCCAAUUUCGCUUAACAAAUAGCUCUUCAAUACUUCAUUAUCUCAAGCAAAUCGGGGUUGGCGGAAACACCAGCCAUGAGUUUUCUGUAUACGGAAAUGUCCAGAAAGCAUACUCCAUGAUUGUUCAAAGCAAAACCACAUCGAAGAUUCUCAAGGGAAGCAAUCAAGAUGUUCUGAUCAUUCUUCAGUCAAUGGGCUUCGUGGCGAAGAAGAAAUUUCUUCGAAGGGGAUACCAUUACAUGCCCAUUAACACUGCUCUUCCGAGCAGAACCAUCGUUCACGUGAAGAUAUAUCAAUUGUUUGAAGAGGCCGAUGGCGAAAGCCCUAUCCAACCGCCCGGCGUUUGGAUUGUCGAGGCGCUUGUGCAAUCUUCUUCUAAAGAUGAAUUGCCCAUCGCAGAGCUGGCCCUCAAGGGAACAGCCAAGGCUCUAGAAGAUCUAGUUGAAUUGAAAAAAAUUGUAUUUUAA